AUGAAAUUAAGAACAUUGAAAGAGUUGGAUAAUUCCGAAGGCACACAUCAGCUUUUUCAAGUGCAGAAUGACACGUCUACGGAGAACCCUGUCCUGAUCCCCCCGCCAUCUGAUGAUCCUGAUGAUCCAUUGCGAUGGCCUAGCUGGAGAAAGGACCUGGCAUUUGGCACAUCAUGUCUCUUUGCUAUGCUCAACAACUUUAGCGGAACAGUUCUGUCCGAUAGCCUCGUUCCUAUUGCCCAGGAUCUAGGUGUAACCAUCGAUUCAACCUCUGGAUUGUUAUCGUGGGUAAUCUUGACGCUGGGUUUGUCGAACUUCAUCUGGGUUCCAACAGCGAAUUGGAUCGGGACUCGUCCAUCCUUUUUACUGGCAUGCAGUAUUGCAUUUAUUGCAGCGUUAUGGGCGUCUCUUUCUCCAACAUUCGGCAGUCUACAAGCAGCUACAGUUGUGGGCGCAUUCGGCGGAGGCGCAUCGGAAGCCCUGAGUGCGGCCAUUAUUAAAGACAUAUAUUUCCUACAUGAACGUGGGGAGAAGAUGGGUUACUAUAUCUUUUCAAUUGCCUCUGGAAGCUCGAUAGGGCCACUCUGCGGAGGAUAUAUAAUUCAAAAGCUUGGAUGGGCCUGGGCUAAGUGGGUAAGCACAAUUGCGCUUGGAGUCAAUUUGCUUCUAUUCGUAUUCUUGCUGCCCGAAACACGAUUUGCCCGAAGCUUGCAAAUCUCCGAUCCAGAGCCAAAAGACGUGGAGGCGGCGGCACAGCGGCCGUUUGGCACGGCCGCCUGCAGCAAGUCAUACCUCAGUAUGCUCAACCCAUGGCCUGGACUGUCGAAGGAUUCCUACUUGGAACUGUUGAUUCGACCUCUUCCAUUAAUUGCUUAUCCCGCAUGCCUCUACUCAACUCUAGUGUCACCGACUGUCAUGAUUAACGUCCUCAGCUCUGUGCUACUCAUUCCUCCGCCGUACAAUUUCUCCAUCGGUGCGGUGGGACUGCUCAACAUCCCAGGGCUAAGUACAUAUCUUCAUUCAAAGUCAAAACCACGAUGUAUUCUAACAUUAAGGAUAGUUGGCCAAGCGAUCGGGGCGGUAAUUGGUGGUGUAUGUAUGGAUAAAUGGUCUGCAUAUCGAGCACGGCGAUCUGGAGGUCUCUUCACACCAGAGAGUAGGCUUAGUCUAAUUUUCAUCCCUUCGGCCGUUGUCUUCGCCGGAAUCGUCUUGUUUGGGUUUGCAGCCCAGCAACAAAUGCACUGGGCGGUAAUAUUCGUCGCAUACGGCUUCAUUAGCCUGGGGCUCACUAGCUCCGUGAGCAUGUCUAUGACCUAUGUCAUUGACACGUACUUCCCUGUGGCAGCAGAGUGCCUCGAGGUGAUCAACGGACUGAAGAAUGUCGUGGCAUUUGGUUUUAUCCACGCAACUAUCCCGUGGUCAUCAGCUCAGGGAUAUGCCAAAAUGUUUGGCACGCUGGCAGGAUUGUUCGUUGCCAUCACGCUAUUGACAGUCCCAUUGAUCUUGGCUGGACCGAAAAUCCGCCAUCAUACCUCGGCGAGAUGGAAGCUGAUUACCUGGUAG